AGUGUAUCAUCUUCAUGAUCAUCAUCAUCAUACUCAUCCCCAUCAUCAUCAUUGCUAUAAAGUCUUUUCUUGCUCGACCAUUUUCAUCUCAUCAUCAAAGCAGGAUUUCAGCCUCACUAUCUUCUCUUCACCAUUUAUAUGGGCAGCACAUCUGAGUUGGCCUUCAUUAAAGAGCCACAUGAUAUCAUUGCUGUAAGGGACCGCCCCUUGAUGCUGGACUGUGAGGUGGAGGGAGAAGGCCCUAUUACCAUUACCUGGCGGAGGAACGGGGUACCUAUUCAAGUGGGUGCGAGAGUGGCCGUGUUAAGCAAUGGCAUGCUCCUGAUCCGAAACUUCCAGAAACGACGCGAGAGCAACGAGACGGAUGCGGGAGAGUAUGACUGUGCUGCACAGAACCGCUAUGGCAUGCUGAUCAGCCGUAAGGCACGAGUACAAUUUGCAUCUCUACCCAAGUUUCACACUCACCCAGAGUCCAUGGUAGUAGAUGAAGGAGGGGUGGCACGCUUCCACUGCGCCAUUAAUGGGAUCCCUGAGGCUAGCAUCAUGUGGGAGAAGAACAGAACCACACUCAUCACAGAUGAUGACAGGUAUACUCUCCUGCCCAAUGGCAUUCUGCAGGUCACCGGUGUGCGUCAUACAGACAGUGGAGUGUAUCGUUGUGUAGCCAAAAAUAUUGCUAACACACGUUAUAGCCAUGAGGCCAUGCUCACUGUCUCUGUGGCAGCUCCUCGUACCUAUAAGGAGCCAGUGAUUCUGUCAGGUCCUCAAAAUCUCACCAUCAACAUCCACCAGACUGCCAUCUUGGAGUGUAUUGCCACUGGCAACCCUAAACCAAUUGUUUCCUGGAGUAGGCUGGAUGGACGUUCUAUUGGAGUGGAUGGGAUACAGGUGCUGGGCACGGGUAAUCUUAUGAUCUCGGAUGUUUCCCUGCAGCAUUCUGGAGUCUACGUGUGCUCAGCCAACAGACCUGGAAGCAGGAUGAGACGUACUGCACUGGGUUUACUGGUGGUUCAAGCUCCACCAGAGUUCCUGCAGUGGCCGCAAUCUGUUUCUAAACCAGUAGGGGGCAGCGCUGUGUUUACCUGCCAGGCUCAGGGAGUCCCAGAGCCUCACCUCAUCUGGUUGAAAAAUGGCAAGGUCCUCACACCUGGAGACAAUGUCAAACUUACCAAUAACAACAGCACUCUGGCUGUGACCCGAAUCACUGAUGAGGAUGAAGCCAUCUAUCAGUGCAUAGCAGAGAACAGCGCUGGAACCAACCAGGCCAGUGCACGAUUAGCUGUGUCCCUGUCUCCUGAAAAUUCACUUCCGGAGGCUCCACAGGACCUGACGGCCACACCGCUUACACACACAUCCCUGCAGCUCAGUUGGAACCAGCCUGCAAGCCAUGUGACAGACAACAUCAUCGGCUACGUGCUGCACAUCCGCAUGCUUGGCGAGCCAGACAGUAAAGAGCUCCAGGAGGCUGUGAGUAAGGACACAUUUCAGCAUGAGUUUAAUAACCUGGAACCGGCAACCACUUAUUCCAUUUACCUCAAAGCUUACUCUCCUCUGGGGGCCAGCCAGAAGUCCAACGCUGUCAUUGCCACAACACUAGGGGGCGUUCCCUCAAUGCCCAGUUUCUUCACAAAAGUUCUGAACAGCACAGCAGUGCAGAUUUAUUGGGAACUGCCCAGUAAAGCAGGGAAGCUUGAGGGCUUUAAACUGUCGCUGCGUGUUGUGCCUCAGGAGCAGUUUGGUCCAGAGGAGUUGUUCCCCAGCCACAUCAACACACACACCAUCUCACACCUCGAGCCAGCAGCCGUGUAUGAGAUCCAGCUUGUUGCGUUUAAUGGAAACGGAGACAGCAUCGGCAACAAGCGUCUCGUCUCACUGGCUGAGAGUGGAACUGGAGAAAAGAACAGUGCUGGAGGGCAGAGCUUGUGUAACUGCAGGCAGGAUGGAGAGAGCUCGGUAACUGGCAUUGUGGUUGGCAUCCACAUUGGAAUGGCCUGCAUCAUCUUCUGCGUGCUCUUCCUCAUGUUCGCAUACAGGCGCAGCUCAUUUUGUAGAAAGGGCACGCAGGAUGCUUGGAGAGUACCACAGAGAGGAGCAGCACCACUGGGAGACACUGUACCUAAAGAAGGAGUGAUACCCACCACUGAAGCUAUUGAGCUAAUGCCACAGCCUCAGAACUGCUCAGCAGAGAGACAGGCUGCAGGGGCACACUGCCAGGUUCUCAUUGAACAGCAGCCCAACUGCCAACAAGGCACAACAAUGAGCACAGGCACUGGCACAGGCUGAUAACCCCUUACACACUCUCUUCUACCCCUUACCCCCUAAAGCGCAGUGCUUGGCCACUCCAUGACACUCUAUUCACCAAAGCCUUAUUGCAACCUGCCCUUGCUUGAGCAGUCAGUAACACCCUCACACUCACACACACAAACACACUGAGUCUGGCUUAUACCUGUAAGGGAGUAAAUGUAUAUGUACAUAUAGAAGAGUAUAUGUAGAGAGACAUAUGUAAAGACAUCCUUUAAUUUCCGUUCAUAACUCAAAGUCUUAACCCAAAGCCGUUUUGCACCACAUUUCUGAUUGUUACACGAUGCUUAGUUUUCAUGAUACUAAUUAUAUAAAUGAGAAAGGGCAAUUGCUGAUUAUGUUGGUUCUCCCCUUUUUUUUUAAAUAAGUAUUUAUGAAAUGGCACCAAAAUAAACGUGUGUCUACUGCUGUAGUCGAAAUGCACCAAACGGAAAAUUCUGAGGCCUUAGCAUGACUGAAAUGUUAAAGUAUGUAGCAUAAUUCUUUUCCUUGUAGAAUUGUCAUGGUCAGUUUAUUCGCGCUGUGAGACAGACGCCACACUGUAGCCUUAUAUAUAUGUGAUAGUGUCACUACAUUAGCCUUUCAGAAGAGUGGUAUGGAGUGGCUAACCUUGCACCCCCUAUCCUCCUCUUCCUUCCUCCCCUCUGACCAAAUUACCUCCAAAGAUAGCUACCUCAGCCUGACGAGAAUGUCGGAGCUAUCAAGGUAAACCAUCUGCCUGUCUUGCUGCUGGUUAAGCAAACCUACCUCGACCAAAAGCCAUGUGCACAUUUUUUAAAGUUGUUCUGGUGCUAGUUCCAGUUACCUGUGCCAUUCAGACAACAACACUGAUACUUUUGCCUUCGACCCAUUCUUGCCACCUUGUCCCCUGUGUUCUCACACUCUACUACUGCCACACUCAAACCUUUCCACAACACUCAAGCUUUCACUCUGAGCCUUAGAAUGACUCAUUGACCUCUGGGGCUUUUAUCUGGAUGUGUUGUUAACAGAGAUGCUGCCCCUAAGGUGUAAAAGUUCUCUCCUCUCCAGAAAGAGUGCUUGCUAACAAUGUAUGUCACCUCGAAGUCGAUGUUGCAUGACUCCCUGAAGUGAAAAGUCCAGUGCAGAGGAGCACAUUCUUCUUUUGGAAUACAACAUCUGGUUCAAAACAUGCCUAAAAAUAUCUCUGUUAGGAAGGAAUUGACUUGGAGAAGACUUCUCAUCAGCCUGCUGUGGUUGAAGGAGGUAUUCUAGCACUUUCCUCUCAGCACCGCACACAGAAGAAAGGCUAUCGGUGAACCAGUGGUUGUCCUGGAGAUCUGUUAUUGUUUUUUUUGAGUGAUUACUAACCAUUUUUCAGGUUUCUUUGGUGAACCUAUUUCAUGAAAGUAUUUACUGUCACAGAGCUAGGCACAAAGCUAGUUUCUUUUUCUGCUUUUAACCUCUCCAAAUAUUCAGUGAAAACUGUUGAGUGAAAUCCAAAGAUGCUGUAUUAUAAUGGUUUUCAUUGCUUUCUAUUUGUCUUUUCCUUCAGUGGACAUUUUAGAUGUCACACUUGUUCCUGUUUUAAGGGCAGUCAUGCUACUAAAAACAUUAGCUUCCCAUAUUAACCAAAGCAAAAAAAAACAAAACCCUCAAAACCCAAUAGAGUUCUUCACAUGUUAGUUCAUGUCUUUCUAUGGUUACCUUUAAAACUUGGAAUUCUAUAUAGAACUAGUAUAUAUAACUUUUAAAAUAAUAACUAGUGAAUAAUGCAUAUAUUUUCAUACACUGAUACCAGAAAGUAAUAACUGCUUUUCUCUUUUUGCUGAUUGAGUUGAUAUUGCCAAAUAACUCUUAUGAUUUAUAGUGAAAUGUGACCAAAUACCUCGUUUGUACUUUAUUUUUCCUAGUAAUGCUUCGCUUUGACUAAGGCACAUUACAUGUUCAGUGCUUCUUUUCACACUGAUUGGUAUAGUCAUGCAUUUUUUACAUGUUUGUGUGAGUGAGUGUGUGUGCGUGCGUGCGAGCGAGUGUGUGUGUGUGUGUGUG